GAUGCUCUGCUGAUUCCUUUGUAAUCGCGCGGGCGAUGGCGAAGAGCUUGUGAACGGAUUGGAAUCUUGUUGGAGGCGGUGCAGGGGUGUGUUCUUGAGCUUGAUGCUUCCUGAAGGGUAUCCCAAUAGUGUCAGCAGUGACUAUCUUGAGUACUCUCUCUGGAGGGCUCUGCAAGGGAUUGCCAGCCAGAUUAAUGGCGUCCUUGCUACGCAGUCAUUACUUUAUGCAGUUGGGUUGGGGAAAGGUGCAAUUCCUACUGCAGCUGCUGUCAACUGGGUGCUUAAGGAUGGCAUAGGAUACCUUAGCAAAAUAUUGUUGUCAAACUUUGGUCGUCAUUUUGAUGUUAAUCCUAAGGGUUGGAGAUUGUUUGCAGAUUUAUUGGAAAAUGCAGCAUAUGGGAUGGAGAUUAUUACUCCUGCUUUUCCUCAAUUAUUUGUUUUGAUUGGUGCAGUUGCUGGGGCUGGUCGUUCAGCGUCUAUAUUGAUACAGGCUGCUACAAGAAGCUGUUUUUAUGCAGGUUUUGCUGUGCAGAGGAAUUCUGCAGAGGUAAUUGCUAAAGGUGAAGCUCAAGGAAUGGUGAGCAAGUUUUUUGGUAUCAUGCUUGGCAUAGCCUUGGCUAAUUACAUUGGCUCCUCAACUCCAUUGGCUCUUGCUUCAUUCAGUGUUGUGAUGGGAUUUCACAUGUACUGCAAUCUUAAAUCAUAUCAGUCUAUUCAACUGAGGACUCUGAACCCGUACCGUGCAAGUUUGGUUUUUAGUGAAUAUCUGUUGAGCGGUCAAGUUCCUCAGAUAAAGGAGGUCAAUGAUGAGGAACCGCUUUUUCCAAGCCUGCCUUUUGUUGACAUAGAUGCAUAUACAGCUGUUCAGGAGGAAGCAUCUGGUUCACUAUCUGUGGAAGCCAGAAAUGCAGCUGCUGAGAUAUCUCGUCGCUUGCAAUUGGGAUAUAAACUCAGCAAAGUUGUGAAAAACAAAGAGGACGCAUAUGCACUUUUUGACCUGUUCAAAGAUGAAGAGUAUAUGAUUAUCGAGAACAAAGGAAGGUUUUGUGUGGUACUUCGUGAAGGCUGUUCACCUCAAGACAUGCUGAAAUCUCUGUUUCACAUUAACUAUCUUUACUGGCUGGAGAAAUAUGUGGGAAUAGAACCAAGAAGCAUUUCUGAUGAGUGCAAACCUGGCGGAAGACUGCAAAUAUCCCUAGACUAUGUGCAGAGGGAAUUCAUCCAUAUCAAACGAGACGGAUUACAAAAUGGAUGGCUUACUGACGAAGGGCUGAUAGCAAGGCCAUUACCCAACAGGAUCCGGUUAUGCUUUUCUGAGCCUGCUCCCACAAGUUAGUGUUCUGUGUUGGAUCAUAGAGUUUUGUGAAAUCCAAACAAAUGAUUGGCAUAUUGAGCUGACCAAGUUACUCCUUGAACAUACCUUGAGGAUCUGAAACAUUGCUGCCCAGGUCAGAAAUUUUGAUGCCAUUUGGGAAAUACAGAGAAGAUGACAGAGUCCUAGUCCGAAGUUCGUUGGUCAUGACCCAUUGUAUUAGAGAACUGACUCAUAGUUUAGGUAGUUUGAAGUGCUUAGUUUCUGAGACAAGUUUGGCUUUGAGGCCAGCCCUCAGAAAUAUUACAGAAUUUUGUAAUGCACCAGGAACAGAGUCUGUGAAUGUGAUUGUUUUAUGAGGAGGGUGCAUGGACGUUGGCCUUGCUCUUCGAAGUUUGAAGCAAGGAAGAACUUUUUUGUUUUCCUGAUAAGAUUUUGAGCAUUUUUCUGCCUAUUGAAAUUUGCAAUACAAACCUAAUCUUCGUUUGAUCUUUAAA